CAUGGCGCACGGCUUCUCAGUAAUGAUGCCAUCUCUGCUACUUUUACAGAAGGAGAAGUUUACUUUUGAGGUGGGUAAGGGGACAGACCUGCAGCAAGCAGCAUUCCGGGUCCACUUCUCCAUUUCCCUUCAGAAAAGAGCAGACCUCUGGGAGAUAUCAACCGAGCAUACCAUAACAAGUUACAAUAAGAUUAAGCACAAACCCUCAUAUCAGGGCUGGUUCUUGCUCCUUUGGUCAAGUGAAAGGAGCAUCAAGUGGCCCCUGGACCAGUGUGACUUUGUGUCUGUCAUGAGCAUACAGCCUGGACUCUGUGGCUACAUUAGGCUGAAGUUGGCUGAGCACAGGGAGAAGGAAUUUCUUCUGCAGGCAACAUCAGAGUACAAGGAAGGCUUGAGCUUUGAACAAGUUUAG